AUGGACUUUGUGUUUGGCCUACCGCGUGAUGCGGCAGGCAACACUGGGAUUGUGGUCUUUGUUGACCGACUGAGCAAGAUGGCUCACUUAGCGGCAGUGCUGGAAUCCAUUGAUGGAGAAGGAAUAGCAAAGCUGUUCAUGUAUCGUGUGUUUCGACAACACGGAUUGCCUGUGGCAAUCGUCUUGGAUAUAGACCCCGUUGGACGGACCGAUCAGACUGAACGCGUGAAUUGCGUUAUUGGCGAUAUGCUUUGCAUUGUUUUUGCUGAAACACGCAAGCAAUGGAGCACGAUGCUCACACUGGUAGAGUUUGCGUUAAUAACGCGGUGCAUGCCUCGACAGGCUUCACCCCAUUCUAUGUGA